GCUACUGCCACGAAUCUCGGAAGGAAUACAGGGAUCACAAUGGGGAAACUGUUUUUGCCAAUAAAAUGGAGAGACUUCUCUGCUUUGAAUAUAUACAUGGCGGGAGCGUCGAUAAACAUAUUGCAGAUGAAUCUUGUGGUCUUGAUUGGCCCACAUGUUACAAAAUCAUUAAAGGGACAUGUGAGGGGUUAAAUCAUCUUCACAACUCGUGCAAUAAGCCUAUUUUCCAUCUGGAUUUGAAAACUUCUAACAUAUUGCUGGAUAAUAGCAUGAAGCCAAAAAUUUCAGAUAUUGGUUUAUCCAAACUUAUUAAUACGACAGAAACACGUAAAAAAAGAGAUAUUCAGAGGAACACAAGGGUACAUGCCACCGGAAUACGUAGACAUGGGCUUAAUAUCUAAGAAGUUUGACGUGUUCAGUUUGGGUAUCAUAAUUAUAAAAAUGAUGGCUGGAAAUAUGGGUUACUCUCAUUAUUUGAAAAUGUCACCCAAAGAGUUCAUUGAGCUUGUAAGUGAAAACUGGAUGAAGAGGUUGCAUGCAAUGCCGAGGUACUAUUCAUCGCACGAAAUAGACAUCCUAAGAGUGAUUACAUGUGUUGAGAUUGCAUUAAGAUGUGUGGACAGGGACCGGAAUAAAAGACCCUCCAUAAAAGAUAUUGUCCAUGAACUGGAAGAACUAGAAGCUGAGAUUGACAGAAUAAUGUUACUACCACCUGAUCAUAGGCAGACCCUCUUGUUUAACCAAGGCCCUGGCCCGGAGUUUCCAAAAAUUAACAGCCUAUGUAUGGCCUGUAACUUGGCCCAAUACAAAAUUAUCCUGGAUUUUAAACUCUGUUUAAUUGAAGCUAUUACAAACGGUUUUUCAGAUGAUCAGAAAAUUUGGAGUGAUGGGUAUGGAGAUGUUUACUGGGCAUUGCAUAAUGGGGAAGAGAUUGUUGUGAAGAGGCUUCAUUCGUUGCAAGGACUUGAUGACAAUGGAUUUUUGGAUGAAAUGUAUAACCUUACCAAGGUUCAUCACAAAAAUAUUGGACGAUUAAUUGGCUACUGCUACGAACCCUGCCUUCUAAACAUUGAGCACAAUGAAGAACUUGUUUCAUCAAGGAAAAUUGAGCGAGUUCUCUGCUUUGAAUAUAUGCGGGGGGAAAGCCUUGACAAACAUAUUGCAGAUGAACCUUGUGGACUUGAUUGGCCCAUACUUUACAAAAUUAUUAAAGGGACUUGUGAGGGCUUAAAUCACCUUCUUAGUGCACAGGAAAAACCUAUUCUCCAUCUAGACUUAACACCUGGUAAUAUAUUUCUGGUUAAGGGCAAGACGCCUAAAAUUGUAGGUUUUGGUUUGUGGAGACUUAUUGACUCAACCAAAAUGCAUCAAACAAAGAUUUUCAAAGUAACACACGGGUACAUGCCACCGGAAUAUGUAGACAUUGGCUUUAUAUCAAACAAGUACGACGUGUUCAGUUUGGGCGUUAUAAUUAUAAAAAUGAUGGCUGGAAAUAUGGGCUAUUCUCGUUGUUUCAAAAUGUCUCCCAAAGAGUUCAUUGAGCUUGUAAGUGAAAGCUGGACUAAAAGGUUGCAUGCAAAGCCAGGGUAUUCACCAUACGAAAUAGACAUCCUACGACUGAGUACAUGUGUUGAGGUUGCACUAAGAUGUCUGGACGCCGACCGAGAAAAAAGGCCCUGUGUAGAAGAUAUUGUCCAUGAACUGGGGGAACUAGAAUCUAGGAUUAAGACAAUAAUGUUACUACCUCAUGAUCAUAGGAAGAAGCUCUUGACUAACCUGGGCCUUGGCCAGUACUCUGCAAAAAGUACCAGGAUAUAUAUGUCCCAUAAGUUGGCCCAUGAUGGAGCAGUCGCCGCAUAUAAAUCUGAUUGGUCCAGGCUUGAUUCUCAGUCAGACCCCACUGGUACUGCUCAUGGUCAGUCGAAAGACCUAAGUCUCCAGGCGGAGUCUACUCCAUACCAUGUGACCUUACAACAUUUGAGAGACAUCACUGACAACUUCUGUGAUAAGCGAAUACUUGGUAGAGGUGGUUUUUAUGUGGUAUAUAAGGGAGUGCUACCAAGUGGGAAAAUGGUUGCGGUGAAGAAACUUAGGCAGCCAACAGCGAGCUCACAGGCGGAAUUUGAGGAGGAGGUUAAUAUCCUUGUGAAGCUAAAUCACCCAAAUAUUGUUAAGCUAGUAGGAUACUGCUAUGAAACACAACAUCUACUCAUGUCUCACGAAGGAAAAUCAGUCUUUGCCGAGGAAACUCAAACUUUGUUUUGUUUGGAAUGUCUACCCAACGGAAGUCUUGAUAAGUAUAUUUCAGAGGCAUCUACUGGACUUGAUUGGCACAUGCGCUGCAAAAUAAUUGAGGGGGUUUCCUAUGGUCUACAGUACCUUCAUGGGCAAUCUAAAGAUCCCAUUCUUCACUUGGACCUAAAACCUGCGAACAUAUUGCUCAAUAAAAUGAUGCUGCCGAAAAUUACAGACUUUGGUCUGUCAAGGCUGUUUGAUCAAAGCCGAACUAUUCAGACUGUAAAUACAAGUGGAACACUAGGUUACAUGCCGCCAGAAUACCUGCGAGGUAUAAUCACACCUAUGUCAGACAUAUUCAGUUUGGGUGUAAUAAUCUUGGAGGUAAUAACAGGGCACAGGGACUACCCAUAUGAUAUUAGAGCAUCUUCCAAGGACUUCAUCGAGCUCGAGCUUAAAAAAUGGAGAAAUAGGCUGCAAAAAGAACCACGGUCUAGAUCGCUAGAAAUAGAUUGCGAACAAAUAAAAAGAUGCAUUCAGAUAGGUUUAAUCUGCGUGAAUCCUGAGCGGACCAAAAGACCUACAAUGAAGAAAAUUAUUGAUAUGCUUGAAGGCUUGGAAAGUAUGGAUUGGUACAUUAAAAAUCAGUUAUCAAGCGAUGACAUCCAGCCGGAGCUUUAGCUCAGCGAAGGAGGUCAUCACAUAUAUAUUGCUUCCGAUCUUCCUGGGCUCUGGAUCUCCGUUGUGCUACCUUCAAUUGGCGUUCAUGUUCGACGCGACUGGCUCUGCAAGCUACUCCCUCCGAUCCCAAAUAAGUGUCCAUGCCACUUAUUUUGGAUCGAAGGGAGUAUUAAUUUGUCUAUUGUACACGUAGUUCUAGCUAGUGCAUAUCACAUAUCUGAAAUUUUGCUAAUUCCUGGAGACAUAUGCAGUUCUACCUACGGACAUGGUUGUCACAAAAGGAUGAAAGGCAUCAAAGUCUUUCAGAGUUGGAACAAGAAAUUACUAGUCAAGCACACUCGUCUGCCAUCUUCUAUAUAUAUUCUUGUUUGAGUGCUA